GUCAAAUAAAUGCAAUAAUUAUUUAACCAUCAUUAUUUAAUUGUUUUUUCGUGAAACUGGUGAUAAUAAAGUGAUAGAAAUAAAUUAAAUAAAUUUUGAGGCAUUGCCUAAAUAUUAUCUUCAAUGUGAGAUCACUUUAAAAUGGUUAAUUUAAAAAAAGGAGUCUUGGUGGAAUGUGAUCAGGCUAUGAAACAAUUCCUCCUCCAUCUAGACGAAACCCAAGCCCUAGGAUCAAGAUUCAUAAUCGAAGACUUAGACGAAACCCACGUUUUUAUCUCCGCUGACAUCCUAGAAACCCUACAAUCCAAAAUUGAUGAUUUGAUGGACCAAAUCAGCUUCCCGUUACAUGAAAAAGGAUUGUAAAUUCUAAAAAACUUUGUAGUUUCUGUU